AUGGAGAACGACCCCCCAAAACAGAGAGAGUCCUUCCCUCUCAGACCCGCGGCCAACAGUAUGGAGAACACGGAGGCUGAGUUCUUGGAGAGCCUGGAGGAAGGCCAGCUCCCUGGCAGCGAUUCAAGCCCCACAGAUGCCAAUGGGGGAAACCAGGACAAGGCGGGGUCAAAUCCCUUCUCCACAUGGAGGAUCCUGCAGCCAGCCAUGAGAGCGAGAAGCUUCUUCAAGGAGCACAAGCAACUGUUUCGAUGGAUCUGCAUAGGCCUGCUCUGUGCUGCCUUCGCUGCCUUCCUGCUGGCUGCCUGCCUCCUGAAUUUCCAGAGGGCCCUGCCACUGUUUGUACUCACCUGUGUGGUCCUUGCCUUCGUGGCCCACAGCCGGCUGAAGAGGAUUCUGGGGCCAAAGUUGAGGAAGUUGCUCAAGCCACAGGGCCAUUCCCGCCUGAAGCUUUGGUUUAAGAGGGGCCUUGCUGUUGCUGCUGUCCUGAGUCUGAUCCUGUGGUUGUCUUUGGACACCGGACGGCGGCCUGAGCAACUGGUGUCCUUUGCAGGCAUCUGUGUGUUCAUCAUCUUCCUCUUUGCCUGCUCGAAGCAUCACCAUGCAGUGUCCUGGCGGGCUGUGUCUUGGGGCCUUGGACUGCAGUUUGUACUUGGACUCUUUGUCAUCAGAACAGAGCCAGGAUUCAUUGCGUUCCAGUGGCUGGGCGACCAGAUCCAGACCUUCCUGAGUUACACCACACACGGCUCCGGCUUCGUGUUUGGGGAGCAACUGACCACGACCGUCUUUGCCUUUCAGGUUUUGCCCAUCAUUGUUUUCUUCAGCUGUGUCAUGUCAGUUCUCUACUAUGUGGGCCUCAUGCAGUGGGUGAUCCUGAAGAUUGCCUGGCUGAUGCAGGUCACCAUGGGCACCACAGCCACGGAGACCCUGAGUGUGGCUGGAAACAUCUUUGUGAGCCAGACCGAGGCUCCUCUACUGAUCCGGCCCUACUUGGCAGACAUGACGCUCUCUGAAAUUCACGUUGUCAUGACCGGAGGCUUCGCUACCAUCGCCGGCAGCCUGCUGGGUGCCUACAUCUCCUUUGGGAUCGAUGCUGCCUCGCUGAUUGCUGCCUCCGUGAUGGCCGCCCCUUGUGCUUUGGCCCUCUCUAAGCUGGUCUACCCAGAGGUGGAAGAGUCCAAAGUCAAGAGUGAGGAAGGAGUGAAACUGUCCUAUGGAGAUGCUCAGAACCUCGUAGAAGCAGCCAGCAGUGGGGCCGCCAUCUCAGUGAAGGUGGUGGCCAACAUCGCUGCCAACCUGAUUGCAUUCCUGGCUGUGCUGGAGUUCAUCAACGCUACUCUCUCCUGGCUGGGAGCCAUGGUGAACAUUGAAGGGCUCAGCUUCCAGCUCAUCUGCUCCUACAUCCUGCGGCCUGUGGCCUUCUUGAUGGGCGUGGCUUGGGAGGACUGCCCAGUGGUGGCUGAGUUGCUCGGGAUCAAGAUGUUUCUGAACGAGUUUGUGGCCUACCAGAAACUCUCCACGUACAAGCACAGCCGCCUGGCCGGAGCUGAGGAGUGGGUUGGCACCAAGAAGCAGUGGAUCUCUGUCAAAGCGGAAAUCCUCACUACCUUUGCUCUCUGUGGAUUUGCCAACUUCAGUUCCAUUGGGAUCAUGAUGGGAGGCCUGACCUCCAUGGUCCCCCAACGGAAGAGUGACUUCUCCCAGAUCGUGCUCCGGGCACUCCUCACGGGGGCCUGUGUGUCCCUGGUGAACGCCUGCGUGGCAGGGAUCCUUUACGUGCCUAGGGAGCCUGCUGUCAACUGCGUGUCCCUCCUGAACACGACCCUCAGCAGCAGCAGCUUUGAUGUAUACCAGUGCUGCAGCAAAUUCUUCCAGAACAACGACUCAGAGUUUGGCCCAGGUGCCCUGAGCAACUGCUGUCGAUUUUACAACCACACGGCGUGUGCGUAA